GCGGGGCGGGGCACUCGCGGUGCGCACGCGCAGACGCCCCAGAACCGGAAGCCGCGCUGGGCCGGGCAUGGCGGCGGCUGCGGAGGGCGUCCCUGCGACGCGACGCGAGGAGCCGCCUCGAGAUGAUGCUGCGGUGGAGACAGCUGAGGAAGCAAAGGAGCCCGCCGAAGCGGACAUCAAUGAGCUCUGCCGGGACAUGUUCUCCAAAAUGGCCACAUACUUGACUGGGGAGCUGACAGCCACCAGUGAAGACUAUAAACUCCUGGAAAACAUGAACAAGCUAACAAGCUUGAAGUACCUUGAAAUGAAAGAUAUUGCUAUAAACAUCAGCAGAAACCUAAAGGACUUAAACCAGAAAUAUGCUGGCCUGCAGCCGUAUCUGGACCAGAUCAACAUGAUUGAAGAGCAGGUAGCAGCUCUCGAGCAGGCGGCCUACAAGUUGGAUGCUUAUUCAAAAAAACUGGAAGCCAAGUACAAGAAGUUGGAGAAGCGAUGAGAAAUGUGUUCCUAUGGAUCAAGUGUUUUUUAACAUGGAAGAAUGUUUUAUAACUAGUAAAUCCUGAGGCUGAUGAACCAUCCCAGCUGCUGGUUAAUCCCAAGGCCAUGUGACGCUGGAUGAACUGGAGGGCUAUGGCUGCUCCCAAGUCUCCUGAGGCGGCAUCUCGAAACUCACACUCGGAGCGUCUCACCCUUUACUUGAAUGCUUCAUCAUCUACUCAAGACCGAGACUCUAGAGUUCAGGGCUUACUUGGGCUUGCCGGUACAGUCCAGUGAGAGGACCUGCUUUCCCAGGUAGUGGGCAAGUAGCACAGUAUUGGCUGUUUUGUUUUCUGUUGAUGAUGGUAAUGUAUUGCUUAUAAGAUUCUAAAUUAAAAAGGAAAACAAACAA